AUGGAUUCUCUUCCUGCAGAGACGCUUAAUAUCAACUGGCUGUGGGUUUUGGCUUAUUUGAUUGGACCGGGAUUGCUUCUUGUAGAGUUUUACAGGUAUUUUACAGAUCCGCUGAGGAAUGUGCCUGGACCUUUCAUAGCCAAACUGACAGCGGCGUGGAUGUUGUAUAUCGACCUGUCUGGACAACGAAGCAACACCAUUCACAAUCUCCACAAGAAAUAUGGCCCGAUUGUUCGCGUGAGUCCAUCCGAAGUGUGCUUCGCCUCGCCAGCGGCCCUCAUGGAGAUCUACGGAGCUCAUUCCAAGUACCCUAAGGCAGCCGUGUACGACUGCCUAGGGUUCAAAAGCACCUUCACUACUCGUAAUCGAGAUGAGUACCGGGUUAUGAAGAAACGCAUCAUUCCGAGCUUCAGCCCGGCUGCUGUGGCCGAAAUUGAACCCACUGUGCACCGACAGCUUGCAUUACUCAUUAAGUGCUUUGAUAAGCGUCUCAACGACCCCCUGGACGUUUUGCCUUGGUUUCGUAUGCUAGCGCUUGGAGUUGUUGGACAGAGCUUCGUCGAUGACAGUUUCGGUGGACUGCAGAAGGAGGAGUUACCUGAUCUUCUGAAUCACAUUGACGAAGUUUUCCCUGUUCUUUGGGUCAAAUGGAUGUUUCCCCUAACGACUACUAUACUGCAAUAUGUCCCUCUAAACUCUAUUCAAAAGUUUCUCGAUAGCCCAGCACGCUUCAAAAAGUACUGCGGCAGCGCGUACGAGACUUAUCUCGCAUCUCAUGACCCUGUAGAGCACCAUGACUUAAUUGCAAGAAUGGUCACCGAAAAGAGAUCCCUGGAAAGGAGUAACGAAAGCAUCCCACGGCAUCUAACAGAUACAGGUAUCGUCGAAGAACUUACCAACUUGGUAUUUGCUGGAACCGACACAACCAGCAACACCCUCGCGUAUCUAUUUUGGGAACUAUCCCAUCAGCCAGAGUGGCAAUUCCGGCUUCGUGAAGAAGUUCAGCAAGCUGUUGGACUGGAGCGUGAGAGCUUCUCGUAUAGUGAGAUCUCGGAACUUCCUGUCCUUGACGCAGUGAUCAUGGAGAUCCUGCGACUUCGCCCAGCUGGUCCGGCCGGACUACUCCGACUGGCGCCAGAAGGCGGUGCCGUCAUUGAUGGAGUAGCUAUUCCUGCUUACACUACUAUAUCGUGCCAAGCAUUGACCUCACAGCGUGAUCCCACAAUUUUCUCAGACCCUGACCGCUUUGAUCCGCAACGAUGGAUCGACGGGAAGAAGCAUGGAACAGCAGAUCGAAUGCGCGACCAGCUACUUGUCUUUGGGAAAGGUACCAGGACCUGCCUUGGACGGCGCAUUGCAAUUAUGGAACUCAAGUCUACCUUGGCGGUCUUGACAAGGAGAUAUAAUUUUGAGGUUGGGAGCUUGACGACAGACGAUGACAUGGAGAUGACGGAUCAUUUUGUACUUAUUCCCAAAGGCGGUAGAUGCUUGCUACGACUCACAAAGGCAUAA